CCAUCACAUAACUCUCAAAACCUCUAGCUCAGGGUGUUCUCAACAGGAUCAACAGCCCCAAAAUAUUUCUGAAACUUUUUUUUUCGAUUCUGUUUCUGUUUUCGGAAGGGACCAGGACAUCAGUGUAUUCCGCGUCGUUGUAGGAUCAUUUCUAAUCAUUUGACAUUUCCAGUAGAUUUUGCAAAUAAGUUACUCUUCAAUAUGUUCAAAUUGAGAUGCCAAAACUUUUGUAGCGCUUUCCAAUACCUAUAACUUACAAAACGUAACACAUAUAACGCUUCCUAACACACAAAACUAACAAAAGAGUAACGGAUGUAGCGGCUCGUACGCUUGUACAUUUUAAAAAUGUAACACAUGUAACGAUUUGUAACACCUAAAACAUACCGAAAAGUAACGCACGUAGCACUUCGUAACGCCUCCAACAUACAAAAACCUAACGCAUGUAACACUUCGUAACGCCUGUAAUUCACAGAAGAUUAACACAUGUAACGCCUACAACUCAUAAAAAACUAACGCCUAAAACUUACAUAAAAAUAAUGCAUCAUAAUACUUGUAACUUACAAACGAGUAACGCUUCGUAACGUCUAUAUCUCAUAAAGAGUAACGCAUGUAACAUUUUGUAACGCCUAUAACUUACAAAAAAAUAACGCUACGUAACGCCUAUAACUUAAAAAAAGUUACGAGUGUAACGCUUUGUAACACUUAUUUUACAAAAAAGUAACACUUCGUAACGCUCAGUAACGCUUCGUAACGCCUAUAACUUACAAAAAAGUAACGAAUAUAUCGUUUCGCAACAUCUUUAACCUACAAAAGAGUAACGCAUGUAACACUUUGUGACGCCUAUAACAUACCAAAAAGUAACGCUUGUAACGCUUCAUAAUGCCUAUGACUCUCAAAAACGUAAAACAUGUUACGAUUCGUAACGCAUACAACUCACGAAAAAAUAACUCAUGUAACAUUUCGUAACUUCUAUAACUCACGGAAAAGUAACGCAUGUAACGCCACAUAACGCCUAUAACUUACAACAAAGUAACGCUACAUAACACAUAUAACUAACAAAAAAGUAACUUUUCGUAACGUUUUUAACUUACAAAAAAAUAUCGUAUGUAACGCUUCGUAACGCCUAUAACUUACAAAAAAGUAACGCAUGUAACGCUUCGAAACGCUUAUAAAAUACAAUACGUAACGCUUCGUAACGCCUCUAACUUCCAAAAAGGAAACACAUGUAUCGCUUCGUAACAUUUUUAAUCCACAUAAAAGUAACGCUUCGUAACGCCUAUUACUUACAAAAAAGUAACGCUUUCAAACGCCUGUAACUUAACGCAUGUAACUCAGUUCGCUUUCUCAUCUCAUCCAAGUCAGUCUAUAAAACAAAUCCGCUUACGUUCGGGACAGAAGAAACCAAGUACAGUAUUGUGUAGUGAACAAUAGAAUGACCUCGAAAUUAGUGAACCAAACGAACAAAAGCUACCGCCGACACGAAAGAAUACAAUUGUUGUUGACUUCAGGCAGUGCAAAAUUCGACCUUCGAUACGAGAACUUAAAGGUUUGCUUAAGGAGCAAAUGCAUCUUGAUAUUAAACGUGUGCAUUUACUUCAAUGCAAUAAGACGAAUAAUGUUGUUUACAUGCAGUUUUAUAAAGAGUUGGAUGCAAUUUAAUUCGCAAAAGACAAUAACAAUGUGCACUAUGUGGAGCACGAGAACAUUAAGUAUAACAUUCCAGUAUAUAUGGAAGAUAGUGCGUGUGCAUGAUCUUCCCUCAAGCGUCAUCGAUCCUUAUAUUCGCAAAACUAUGUCCCAAUAUGGAGAGAUUCUCUCUAUCGAAAAGUGGAAGAAAUUUUCCCCGGUAUUCUAAAUGGCGUACGUUUGUUACGCAUGCGCUUGAGGAGACCUAUACCUUCUUAUGUGACAUUCGGUCAGGAUACAAGAAUCCCGUGCAAAUCACUUGUUAUCUAUGACAAUCAGAUGGCCACAUGUCAAUAUUGCCAAAAAGCUGUUCACUACGGUAAGCCAUGUGAUAAACUGGACAAGGAGACAACUACACCAAAGGACAAUGGUGCUUCCUUCACACCAACCCAGUACACCUGUGACAGUCACCAACGACAGUGAAGCAUCCUUUUCAACGAAACCAUCCAACGUAUCCCCUAUAGAACAAAGUCCAUCCAACCAAUUAACCAACAAUGUACAAGACGCAGCUACAGCAACUAGCAACGAAAUCAACAAAAAUACCACCGAUGCGACGAUGAAAGACGAGACGAACCGCGAACAAAGUGCCCCUCAAUCCUCGCAGGAGGAAAAUGGAAGCUCCUCUCCCCCUAGAAAAAGGGUGACAACGAGAUCCAAUACAAAAAAAAUAUUGUAAAAACUCAGCUAAAUCGGCCACGUAAAGCUUGUACGCAAAUAGGCCUGAAUAAAAUAUCUUUUAAAUGAAACAAAAAAAAACGCAUGUAACGCUUCGUAACGUCUAUAAUUUACGAAAACAGUAUGUAACGCUUCGUAACGCCUUUAACUUACAAAAAGUGACGCGUGUAACACCCAUAACUUACUAAAGUCUAUAACACAAAAAGUUAACGCAUGUAACGCUUAGAACUUACAAAAAAGUAACGCUCUGUAACGCCUUGUAACACCUAUAACUUACAAAAAAUAACGCAUGUAAAUUUACUAAAAAGUAACACAUUUAACGCUUCGUAACACCUAUAACUUUCUUAAAAGUAACGCAUCGUAACUCCUUUACUGCAAGAAUCUAACCAUUACAACAGUUUUUAACAUUCACAAUUUCCAAUAAAUAACUCAUAUGAUUUGAUUUCCUCUAUUUAAGAAAAUUAUCGCAUGCAACGUUUUCUAGUUUCUUUAACUUUAACGCUGCGUCAAAUGGAACAUUUUACCAUAUUGGGGACGGGUAAAACGUGAUGGGUAAGUCGAUUCCUUUCACGCAACCCGCCUGGGUUCGAUUCCCAACCCCGCACAUAGGGUCAGAAAGUUUUUCUAGCCCGAAUAGGCGGAUGACCUUAAGGGGGAGGUAAGGGAUAAACAUUCACUUUUCGAGAAAAAAAAACAUUUAAACGCAUUUUUCUGAAAAUCAAUUUUUCGAAGUCCGUGAACCUGCAAAAUCUACCGAUUUUUUUUCAAACUUGGAACAUACUUUCUUGGUAUAAAAUACCUUCCCCCCUACUAUUUUGAAAUUUUUCCAUUUCCAUAUCAUGGUAGUUUUUCAGCUCAAAAUUGGCGGAAAAUUUGGCGUAAGAUCGCGUUUUUUUUUUGCUUUAAAAAAUUAAAUAAUAACUUGAGAACGACGGAUUUACUUUAAGUAAAUUUAUGAAAAUUUUUGAUUUCAGACAAUUCUACGCCGAGUUAUCGUGUUCACCGCGCAACGUGAUUCUCAAAAGAGGUUUUGGGGAAUGCUCUGUUACCGCCUUAUUUUUCAAAAUUAAUACACGAAAAUUCAACUAAAUAUUCUUUAAUAAUGCUUUAGAAUGUAAACAAAGUUUAAAUAAAUAUGCUUAAGUUGUUUCUCCGUAGAAAAUGGCAAAAAAGUGUUUUUUGAUUUAAAUUAUCCCUUAAGGUUAAAAUCUCUAUAAUCGGAACAAAAAAAUAUUCCAUAGUACCUUCACUCAGGCGUUGGCUCAGAUGGGCCUCGAAAAACUUACUUACGUAUAUAGCUUCUAAACUAAACUACUAUUUUAUGUAUUUUAUGUAUUGUUAUUAUUGUCAUUUAUUUUACCUCGGUUUCAUCCUCCAUAUUAUGUGGUUUUGACUCUGUUACUUCGAUUGCUCUUCAGCGAACAGCCAAUGAACUUAAUAAACAAUCUUUUUAAAUAUACAUCUACACCUUCAAACGGAAUAUGUUUUUGCUGAAAUAUUUUUCGAAAAAAAAACUCACUGCAGGUUAAACAAAACUUGACGACGUCUAGGAUUGAACAAAGUAACACGUCACUGGGGGUUAGUUUCACCACAGCCUACUACUAUCUGAUGUCGUUUUCGCUUAUGCGCUAAUACUUUCGAAUGAACUCCCCUGAAUAUUCCUUUGAGUCAAUGAGAACAGAUGAAAAAUAAAACCAUUCACCAAUCCCUAUUGAAAGGACUCCAACUAUUUCUACUAUCGGAUGAUUUGCUAAACAAAGACAUUAUGCAACAUCCUCAGCACUGUGAUCUCUACUCGGAUUCAGUAUCAGACUUCAUUUCGUAGUGUUCGGACUGAUCUUUCAACAUGAUCAAACAUUGUUUAUUAUUAGUUGGGCUCGCGCUUUUCAUAAGUCAGACAAGUGCCAUAGCCGGUGUCUCAUCAGCGAUAUCGUACAGUUGCACACGCGAUGAAUCCACGAAAUGUGUAAUUCCUAACAUUAUUGGGGACUCUGCAGAAAUCCAGCUCCCCGAUCUUAGCAACAAAACAAUUCUUCAACUGAAAAGUGGAAAAAUUGACCAGUUUAACGAAAGAUUUAACAAUCAGCUUGGUACAGUGACCAAGCUGCAUAUUGGAAUGUUAGGAAUUAAAACCUUCGUACUACAUCCGGCUUUGAUCGAAAUUCGGUUGGAAGGAAAUGAGAUCACUUCGUUUCGGCUUGAAUCGGAUACGGAUGGAUACAAAGUGGAGAUUUUGGAUUUAAGCAAAAAUCAACUGACCGGUUUGGAUGGUUUCGAAAAAAUGUCCAGCCUGAAGGAACUCAAUCUGAAAUCGAACAAUCUUGAAAUGAUCAAUAUGAAAACCUUCGAAACUAUGACCACUCUCUCAAAGUUGGACAUCAGCGGUAAUCGGAUCAGUACGAUCUUGGCCACCAGCUCUUUACCAUUACCAGUGUUGGAUUCAAUUUCCUUAGCGGGAAAUAAGUUAGAAAAACUAGAUGUUACGAACUGGGAAUUCGAAUCCCUAACCAGUCUUGACGUCAGCUCAAACGAUCUGGUGCAUAUUUCUGGUUUGCAUGAUCGUUUUCCUAGUCUCACCGAAAUCUUUUUAUCCCACAAUGCCUGGUAUUGUACCUGGCUCGAUGAGACACUGGCAAAUUUCACCUCCAGCUACGUCGCCGUGAAGGAUAGCGACAAAGACUGCGAAGGACUCUCGCCAUCGAAUAUCUGCUGUCUGGCAGAACACGAAGCCAAUGUGACGACCUACGAUGAAAGUUUUAAAAAAUUAGAUCAGCUGGAACAGAAACAAAGCACGCUGCUGCAGGAAUUGGACAGCAAAAUACGUAAAUUUGAAACGGAACAAAGUGAUCGGUUAUCCGGGGUGCAUCAGCAACUCGAAGAUUUGCUGAAGAAGGAGCAGAUUGUGCCCUCAGCGGCCCUCGGUAAUAAUACGGAUCAGGAAACUCUGACGACUGUGAAGAUGCGGUUGAAUGAAAUAGAGUCGAACGUGGAAAACGAAAUACGAAAACUGGACAAACAAAACCUUCUGAACAGUGGAAACCAGCGAAAGCUAGGAAUUGCGAUCAUUGAACUGAAACGUUCUUUAGAGCGGGAGAGCAAAAAAAUGAUUGAGUUACAAUCCCAAUUCACCUUACUGAAAGAUUACGUGAUAAGUAAACUGAAGAAGCAGAUUAGAUUGGAACCCUAACAAAUAAUCAUAUCAUUUUUUUUUGUAUUCUAACAAACUGAAUUUAUUCCAAGCAUCAAUAAAAUUACAAAUUACUAUUAAAACUAA